CUCUGAAGAGCGCGUGUCAGUCUAGUUCAUGCAGUCAUGGAGAUGCGGGUUUAGCACGAGUCCUGACGCAACGCAGCGAUUUGUGUGCUUUUGAAACUUAUUGCCAAGUCUUUGAUAACAAACAAGUAAUCGAGUAAGAGUACGUACUAAGCUCGUGCCAUGUUUCUUGAGGAGAUCCUCAGUACAUGUGGAGUGACUGUAUUCCUUUGUGUCUUCACUCUGCUCCUGCUGGCACUUCAUGGUCAGCGAAAAAGACCAGGCUGCACCUUGCCUCCAGGUCCCAGACCAUGGCCGCUGGUGGGCAACCUUCUCCAAACAGGGGAACAGAUCCAUUUGUCCCUAACUGACCUGAGAGCUCAGUAUGGAGAUGUCUUCCAGAUGAAGAUGGGAUCCCUCGUGGUGGUGGUUUUAAGCGGUUAUUCUACAAUCAAAGAGGCUUUGGUAAGGCAAGGAGAGGCGUUUGCCGGACGUCCUGAUCUUUUUACCUUUUCUGCAGUUGCUAAUGGCACUAGUAUGACGUUUAGCGAGAAGUAUGGUGAAACUUGGGUGCUUCACAAAAAGAUCUGCAAAAACGCCUUGAGGACCUUCUCCCAAGCUGAACCGCGAGACUCAAAUGCCUCUUGCCUCUUAGAGGAACGUAUCGGUGUAGAAGCAGUGGAGAUGGUGGAGGCUCUGAAGGAGCAAGGAGCUGAGGCGGGAGAUGUGGGGUUUGAUCCAUCCAUACUGCUAGUGACAUCGGUUGCCAACGUGGUUUGCGCUCUGUGUUUUGGAAAGCGAUACGCCUAUAACGACAAAGAGUUCCUCACCAUUGUCCGUAUUAAUAACGAAGUUCUGCGCAUCUUCGCUGCAGGGAAUCUUGCAGACUUUUUCCCCAUCUUCCGUUACCUGCCCAGUCCGUCAUUGAGAAAAAUGGUCCAAUACAUAAACAGGAUGAAUGACUUCAUGGAACGCAACAUCAAGGAACAUCUCAAUACCUUUGAUAGGAACUGUAUCCGGGAUAUCACAGAUGCUUUAAUAGCCAUGUGUGAGGACAGACAGGAGGACGGAGAAGCAGCCACGCUAAGCAACUCACAGAUUGUGAGCAGUGUUAUUGACAUCUUUGGAGCCGGCUUUGACACUAUCAUCACAGGUUUACAAUGGAGCCUUUUGUAUCUAAUCAAGUUUCCAGAGAUUCAGGCUAAGAUCGUCCAGGAGAUAGAUAACCAGGUUGGAAUGGACAGGCUUCCACAGUUUAAAGACAAGCCAAACAUGCCAUACACUGAAGCCUUUAUAUGUGAGGUGUUUCGCCAUGCAUCCUACGUACCCUUCACCAUUCCUCACUGCACAACUGAAAAUGUUACACUCAAUGGAUACUUCAUUCCCAAAGACACAUGUGUGUUUAUCAACCAGUAUCAAGUCAACCAUGACAUGGAGAUUUGGGGUGAUCCAGAGUCCUUCCGUCCUGAACGCUUCCUUACCCAGUCUGGUAAUGUAAAUAAAAUGCUUACAGAGAAGGUGAUGAUAUUCGGUUUGGGAAUACGCCGCUGCCUCGGUGACAGUUUUGCCCGUCUGGAAAUGUUUAUGUUCUUAACCACUUUACUCCACCAUCUAAACAUAGAGAAUAUUCCCGGGCAGAAGCUUGAUCUGAGCUCCACAUUUGGUCUCUCCAUGAAGCCCAGACCCUUCAGAAUAAAAAUCGUAUCUCGUUACUAAAUUAAUACAUAGAUUAUUUGUCAAUGUCAUUAUAUGGACACCAAAUGUACAGAAUCACUUCUGUGACAGCUAAGCUUUAGAGAUCUUGCUGCUGUACAAAUAUAUCUUUAUUCAUUAUGCAUUCUGCUCACAUGUUUACUGUUGCACAUACAGUAUAUUUUUCAUAUUCAUGCCAUGUUUAUGCUAAUGCAUGAGGGGUAUGUUACUGGUAACUGUGUGUACUUUUAAAGGGACACUCCACUUUUUUGAAAAUAUGCUUAUUUUCUAGCUCCCCUAGAGUUAAAC